CCUUGACCCACAACUUUUACUUUACUUUAUAACACUAAAAUUUUCAGACUUACUUUUAAAUCCGGUUUUUCUAUGACGACGCCGUUGCCGACGCUCCUUGCCAAGUGAUCCACACAGCAUCCUAUCCUGCACACUUUGCCACUAUCCCAAUUCUUAAGCAACCAUGGUGAUAACUCGUUUUUCUAUGGCAGAAUUCUGGGCCACCGACCCAGAUCAGACCCACCUCGAAAUGCACAUCAUUUUUGGUCACAAUCGUCACAUUUUGCAUACAGAUUUCGAUCGGGAAUCAUCUCCCGUGGGGAAUUCUUUAGUGUUUCCAUAGUGAUUUCCAUAGUGAUUAAUCGCGUUUCCAUAUAGCGACCAUGGAAACCAAAUUAAUUUUCUAUUUAGUAACCAUGGCAACCGUGGCGUCGGGCUUGACAAAUUCGGAAGAACAAAGACUCAUCCUAAAUUCGGACACUAAAAUAAUCGACGAGAAACUGAGGGAGCUUCCGGGAGGGAUUUUAGUACCCCCGGAAAUCAGUGAGUUGCCCGUGCCACGUGAUCCGGGGGAGAGGUUGGAGUUUGACAAGUGGGGGGCUGGGGGUCCGAAAUUUGUGAGGAAAGAGAAGCAGUCCGUGGAGGAGAGGUUAAGGGGGGCGGUUGUUAAGUCCAUCCGGCGCCUGCAAACCUACACCUCGCACAAUAAACCCUCCUCAUCCCCCUCCUCCUCAUUCUCGCGCACCUCCGCCUACCCGCGCUACCACACCCCCUCCUCCUCCCCCCCACAGACCACCCCCCCUCCCGCGCCCCAAUCUACUCAAUCAUCCCUCCUAGAAAUCGGCCUGAAGCGCAUCGAAAUAUUAUCCAGCCGCGCGGGUUUCAACCUUUCGGCGCUCCCGCGCCGCACCCAGCUCCAAAUCGUCACGAAAUUAACCUCUAAACUCCCCACAAAACUCCAAUCCGUCGUGAAAUCCUCGCUAAAAUCAAACUCCCCCAAAAUCUACGAACUCCUCCCGGAACCCGCUCGAGACCCGCUUAUCGAAGAUAACCCUUCCGUCUUAUCAAUGUUUUUGAACUCUGACGAGAAACACGAACUAGAAGAAGAAUUUUCGAACAGUGACUAUGGCAACAAAAAGGUUAAUAAUCUAGUUUCCAUAGCAACCGAUGGGCAUUUACCCCAGGAGGAUGGUGGUUAUGAGGAGUUUAAGGUCCCGGAGGAGUCCAGUUUUAGCACGAAUUAUGAGAGGAGGGUUAAAUUUGAGGAGGAAUUGCCCAAAGCGGAGGAGCUAAAAUCUGACCCCACAAUGGUGGGGGGCGUGGCUGAGGAUGAUAUUGAAUCCUCCCCCCAGGAAUCCACCCGCCACGAAAAAACCAUAAAAAUCACCCGUGGCGACGCUAAGAAACCCAUUCGUGUCUCGAUUAUUUCAAGGGAUUCCGUUGUUACCACGACGACCACUCCUCCUCCCACGACAACCACACCCACAACGACCACACCCCCUCCAAUCCUCACAAAAUACAUAAACGUUCGAGACUUUCAAAAUAAGACGAAUCUCAUGUUCCAAUUGGACCAGGAAAGUAACAAGAAAAAUGAGGAAUUCUCUGAUUCAGAUGAUUAUUCGGAUUUGAGUUCCUCAGAAAUUGAAGCCAUGGUAACGGAAUUGGAGAAGUUUGAGGGGAACGAUAAUUCACUGGAGUUUAGCGAGAAUCCUCAUGAGCUCGAGUUUCCUGAUCAUCCGGAGCAUCCCAAAAAUGAAGAGUUGAAAGGGGAGGAGUUGGAGUUGAAGAGGUUGAGGGAGGAGAUCGAGGGGAGGAGGAAAAUGCAGCAACAGCAGGGAGGGAAUAAUAGGAGGAGGAAUAAGCCCCCCCACUUCCCCUCCCACCUCAUCCGCCGACCACCCCCACCCCCACUUCCCCGAAGACCCCGCCCCCCACCCCACAACUUCCCACCACCCCCGCCACGCCCCCUAAAAAUCAACGACGUCAAAGUCCAAGAGGCCCCCAAGGAAUUCGACAAGGAGUGCGAUUACUUUUCUGAUCAAGUCUGCCUCCUAGUUCAAGAUUAUCCAAUUGAGGCCAUCUCGGACGCCGUGGAGUCCAAUCCUUCCCUCACCCAAACUUUAAUCGUGAGGGAAGACCCCCCAUCGGAAAACCACACCCCUUCCCAAUCUUUAUCUUCCGAAGGCGGCUUCCUCUGCCCCUCGAAAGUCGCCUAUGGAAAGAUAAAAAAGGCCAAAUCCUCCACGACCGGAAAGUGGAAAUUUAUUGUUAAUUACGGCGACAAGACUCAGACGCUGAGGUUGGAAAAGUGUUUGACGCCGGGGGAUAAGUGCUCUUAUAUUUUGCCGCAUUAUCGGACGGCCUGUACUCAGGUGUUUAAUUAUCAUCGGCUUGUGGCGUGGGAUUUCGAGGGGGGGUUGCAUCUUGAUACUUUUAAGGUCCCCAUAACCUGCACCUGCCACGUCCAGGGGUACUACUCCCCCUUCACCACCCCACCACCCCCACCGCAGUCCCCCCUCCAACCCCACCGCCGCCGGAUCUCCCUCCCACACCCCCCACUCCCCCGGAAUCUCCAUAGAAACCCCGCCCCCUCUCGUAACCCCUCCCCCAGCACAACCUCAGAUUCUGAAGACCUCACGGACCUCUUGAAACAAUACGCCACGCUCCGGGACAAGAUCGCCAAGCGCAAAUCCGUUUCCAUGGCAACCACAAAUUCCAACUCGCGAAUGUUAAAUUUAAUAGAAAACGUGUUGCUAAGGAAAAAGCGAAAAAAUUCAACUUCGCAAAAACCAAGUUUACAAAAAAUUCUCAAGAAAAUCCAAUCGAAAAAUAAGAAAAUUACAAAGUCCGAGUUAAUCACGGUUGCUAAGAAACGGCUGAAAAAUUUAAAGUCACGUGAUUUGAAAAUUAGGAGGAGCGGGAGGAAUUUGAAAAAUGCCAAAAAUAAUAAAAAUUCCACAAAAAAAUCCCAAAAAUUAUUAAAAAUUUUGAAAUCCUUAAAAAAAUCCGCCAAAAAAAGUAAUAACGCCAAAAAAUCAAAAGUUAAUUACAAUUACCACCCAAUUAUGGAUUAUAUUAAGUAAUUUUUAAUUUUUUUUAGUAAUUUAUUGUUGUCAUGACAACUUAAUGUAAAUGGGUUUUAUCCAUUUUAUUUAUUUAUUUUGGUGUUGGUAAUAUUUUUUUCUAUGGAAAUAAAUCAUGUGUGAAAUUAACUUUCUCAAUAAAAAAAAUUGUCAUAGCAA